CGCGCCCUCGGCAUGAAGAUGAUGGCAGGCGGCUCGGUGCAUCAAAACGGCAUCUUCCCUUCAGCUCCUCAACAGCAGCAGCAGCAGCAGCAGCAAGGGCCCCCCCAGCAGCAGCAGCAGCCCCCGCAAGCCCCUCCGCAGCCCCACAUGGAUUCCGACCCUCCCGACUCUAGGAAAAGACCCUUGGAGACCCCCACUGAAGCGAUCAGCACCAAGCGGAGCAACACAGGAGAGGAUGGCGAGUACUUCCUCAAGGUCCUGAUUCCCAGCUAUGCUGCCGGAUCCAUCAUUGGCAAAGGAGGCCAAACCAUUGUCCAGUUGCAGAAGGAAACCGGGGCCACGAUCAAACUCUCCAAGUCCAAGGAUUUCUACCCAGGGACCACGGAACGUGUGUGUCUCGUUCAAGGCACAGCAGAAGCCCUCAACGCCGUCCACAACUUCAUUGCGGAGAAGGUCCGAGAGAUCCCCCAGUCUGUGGUGAAGCCGGAGUCCGUCAACAUCCUGCAGCCCCAGACAACCAUGAACCCUGACCGAGCCAAGCAGGCCAAGGUGAUCGUUCCCAACAGCACCGCCGGGUUGAUCAUUGGCAAAGGGGGUGCCACGGUCAAGGCCAUCAUGGAACAGUCUGGAGCCUGGGUGCAGCUGAGCCAGAAGCCCGAAGGCAUCAACCUGCAGGAACGCGUGGUGACCAUCAGCGGCGAGCCUGAGCAGAUCCACAAGGCCGUCGACAUCAUUGUCCAGAAAAUUCAGGAGGACCCGCAGAGCAGCAGCUGCCUCAACAUUAGCUAUGCCAACAUUACCGGCCCCGUGGCCAACUCUAACCCGACGGGAUCGCCCUACGCCAACUCCACGGACGUGUUGCCAGCUGCCGCCGCUGCCGCCACAGCUUCAGGCCUGCUGGGCCACACCAGCCUCGCUGGAGUAGGGGCCUUCCCAGCUGCUCUGCCAGGUUUCUCCGGCAGUGACCUUUUGGCCAUCAGCACGGCUCUCAACACCUUAGCGAGCUAUGGAUACAACACCAGUUCUCUGGGGCUUGGCCUCAACUCAGCCGCCGCUUCCGGGGUGCUGGCAGCUGUAGCUGCUGGGGCCAAUCCAGCCGCCGCCGCCGCCGCCAACCUCUUAGCUUCCUAUGCCAACGAAGCUUCUACUAGUACCACCAACCCAGCUGGUGCGGUUGGAGCCUUCACGUUGGGUUCCUUAGCCGCAGCCACUGGGGCAGCCAACGGCUAUCUGGGGACAGCGUCUCCAUUGGUGGCAAGCUCCUUCUUAGCCACAGAGAAGCUCGUGGAAAGCGCCAAAGAUAUGGUGGAGAUUGCAGUGCCGGAGAACCUAGUGGGCGCCAUUUUGGGGAAAGGCGGCAAGACGUUGGUUGAGUACCAAGAGCUGACAGGCGCCCGCAUCCAGAUUUCCAAAAAAGGGGAGUUUAUUCCGGGUACUAGGAACCGUAAAGUUACCAUCACAGGCACUCCAGCCGCUACACAGGCGGCACAGUAUCUUAUCAGCCAGCGAGUAACAUAUGAGCAAGGAGUUCGAGCUACCAAUCCACAGAAAGUGGGAUAAGAGAAGGCUGGAGAGAAGGCUGGGGGAAGGAGUAGAAUUCAAAUCAAUUUUUGAAUCAUUAAAAUGUAACCGACCCGACACCAGCCCCUGUCCAGAGUCCGUCUUACACACACACACACACACACACACAC